UGUAAAGGUAUUUAGUUGCAGUUCUAUCUCACUAUCGCGAACUAUCUCCGAGAUUGCGACCAACCAAGUGACGGCAACCGUCUCUCGUUCUCAGCCGUCAAACGCCUUAACAUGUCGUGUGAGAAGCAUACUGCAAUCCAUUUAUUGCACCAACUUCUCUUCGACGUUCUUCUCGCCCUUCCAUAUAAAUUUCGAAGUCACUCCACACUGCAUCAUGGCAUCUCGAACACAGCAGACUGGCAAUAAGCCCAUUGUGCUUCACAUUGGAGAUCCUGUCAAGUGGAACACAGAUUUCUUCGAUACCUUUUCAAAAGAUUUCGUCGUUGUUCGACCCUCAACAGAGGAGCGUCAGCGAGAUGAGUUCAUGAAGGGUCUGAAGGAAAACCGAUGGGGUAAUUUCUCUGCCAUCUUUAGGCCUUUCUGGAACACAGGGGGCGAGAUGGGAAGAUGGGAUAAAGAGCUAUUGCCAUUGGUGCCAUCAUCUUGCAAGAUAUUUGCUUCAGCUGGUGCGGGCUUCGACUGGGCUGAUGUUGAUCUUAUGGCUGAAAGGGGAAUGUUCUACUGUAACAGUGCCGCCGCAUCAGCAGAAUCUGUUGCCGACUUCGCCACCUUUCUCAUCCUAGCGACUUUCCGGAAUCUCACUUGGUGCACGACAGCCGCUCGUGCCUCACCCGAAGAGUUCAAAAAUUGUCAUGAGAAUGCUGCAGUUCUUUCUCACAAUCCUCGAGGCAACGUUCUUGGCCUUAUCGGGCUCGGUAAUAUCGGGUACGAGAUUGCACGUAAAGCGUACCGCGCAUUCGGCAUGAAGAUCAAGUACUAUGAUGUUGUUCGAAAAGAUGCUGCAAAGGAGGCAGAGAUUGAGGCAGAGUUCUUUACAGACCUCAAUGCCAUGCUGGCCGUCAGUGACUGUGUGGUGAUUGCAACGCCUGCGAGUCCCGACGGGAAGAAACUCAUUGGGAAAGAAAGGUUGUCUCAUUUCAAAAUGGGGUCUAGACUUGUCAAUAUUGCCCGUGGGUCGCUGGUUGAUGAUGAGGCGGUGGCCGAUGCUGUCGACGAAGGACGUCUCGUGGGUGUCGGGAUGGAUGUGCAUGAGAAUGAGCCCAGAGUCAACGAGAGACUCAAAGCUUCCAAGCUUGUCACCCUGACAUCUCACAAUGCUGGAGGAACUCUAGAGACGCAUAUUGGUUUCGAAACUCUCGCAAUGAGGAAUAUCGAUGCGGUUCUUAAGGGCAAGGAACCUCUCACCCCAGUCAAUAAGCAUCUGAUGGCCGCUCCGGCAUCGAAAGCCAAGCUCUAAGCCAUGUUAAUGACCAUUCUCAUUAUUCACGUUAGCCAUCUUAGACUGAGCAUAGAGGGUUUCAAAAUUGCAAUAAUCAUAUUUGGGGAUCAAACGCCUUCCUUGAUAAACUGUUCAUGAAAAGAUCUUUGCCGUCAGAACACGGCUAACUCAAAGUUGAGGUCUACCAAAAAGGCCUAGGACAUUUACCACAGUUAUAACAAGCUACCUCAGCUACAAUAGCAUAUCGUUGUCUUUUUCCCCCAGAUUCUGCGCUCUCUGUACAAUACCUAUGUCUUGUUCUGAUUCCUUACCUCUGCUUGGUUCCUGAAGUGAGAUUCAUGCAGAAAAUCCUAGUCCCCAUAUCUCAAUGUAAAGCCAGUUCCUGUUUCUGACUUUCCCAUUGCUGAACAUAACCUUUCAGGGGCCUAGUCGAGGCUCCUCGCUGACUACGCAUAUUCUCAGACGACCGUGAGGCAGGAAACAACGCCUAUCGUCCAAACAACAAGCUUAAGCUGCACAAUGUGGAGUAAGCAGAUCGGGAAUCAAGCUUAAUCUGAGCACCUCAAUCCCCAUAUUACAUAACACACUUGUACCUUACUCAGCACAUCUGCAUCGCGUGGGCAAUGAUGGGGUCGGG